AUGGACACCCAACAGGAGGAGCGUUUAGGUCCGAUACGAGUUCCGCCGUCACCGAGUCGCCGCCCCUCCCAAAAGCGCCGAGCUAUCCUUCCCAUCGGUACUCCGUCCGCCUCAUGGCUUCCGCCAAGGUGGAUGAUCGUGGCUCAUUCGGAUCCAAAAGGUCACGCAGUGAAGGUUCUCGGAGUGAUGGAGAUUGGACCUGUCCGCAAUGUGGUAAUGUGAACUUCAGUUUUAGAACAGUGUGCAAUCGUGGAAGAUGUGGUGCUCCUCGACCAUCAGCCAGCCCAAAUUCUAGAAUAGGGCUGACACCUGUCCCUGGUGCUUUUGAUCGUCCUUUACCUGGUUACUAUGGUGGAGUUGGUGUUCCACCACAUAUGCCCCUUGGAUUAUCUGGUGGCUACGGUGCUCCACUUCCACUAUCUGGGAUGCGCUAUGACUAUGGUCCACUUAGCAGUCCAGGAUAUGGUCCCUUAUCUGCAUAUGGUCCACCAGGACCAAUAGGAGGCUAUGGUUAUGGUCCUGGUCCUACAAUGGACAGGUAUGGCUAUGGUUAUCGAGGAUCUCCAAUGCCGGUUCUGGGUCCAUGGUCUGGGGAAGAACUUCCUGAUAAUAGUGCUUCACGUAAACGUCGUGGUGGUCCUGAUGGGUCAUUUGAGGGUGAUUGGAAAUGCCCUAAAUGUGGCAAUAUUAAUUUUGCCUUUAGAACAACUUGCAAUAUGAAGAAAUGUGGAGCUCCCAGGCCUGCUUCUGCUUCCAAUCGUGUCGACAAGGAUGUGCCAGACGCUCCAGAAGGCAGCUGGACCUGCCCCAAGUGCAACAACCUCAACUACCCCUUCCGCAAUGUCUGUAAUCGGAAAGGAUGCGGAAGCGAGAAGCCUUCUACAAGCUGAUGGUCAAUUUUGGCUACUGCUGCGGUUCAAAGUGAUGAUGUAUUACAACCUCUUCAUAUAAUUAUCAUGUCAGCACUUUGGAUAGGCAAACAUACAAUCCAUAGUUUAGCAUGGGACUGAUUUAUCCUUCCUUGUAUUAUUAGUUUGUUGCCUUAGUUUGUAGGCUUUGCCGGGUAUCGUGACUGACGGAGUAAUCUCAUGUAGUCAUCAGAUUUUUAUUCAAAUUGCAUCUUUUGCAUCUGUAACGAUGGUUCCAAUGUUAAUUUUUUGAUUGUUUUC